ACUAUACCGAUUGUAGAUCCGGCCUUACAUAUGCUAAACCGACAUACUUUUGCGGUUAGCUUUGCGAUCUUUUAAUGUUUUGUAAGCCAAUUUGUUCCAAAGAGGCUUUCUGAUUUACAUAUAAUAAAGAAAAUAAACAAAUUGUUGAUUUUUUUAAAUUGAAAAGUAAAAAAAAAUGGUUAAUGCGAAAGACGAUCAGACAAAUACGGAUGUGAUUGCGGAAAAUGGUACUCAGAAAACGGCGAAGCAAUUGCAAAAGGAAGCUAAAAAAUUAGCAAAAUUGGAAAAAUUUAAACAAAAACAGGAGAAAAAGGAAACUGAGAUAAAACCAGUAAAGGUGAAAGAAAAGCAAAAUAAAAAUGAUAAGAAAGAUAAGACUACAUCAGUUUAUACUGAUAUAUCACCUGGGGAGAAAAAAGAUGUUUCAUGUCCAAUGCCAGAUACAUAUAGCCCGCAAUAUGUAGAAGCCGCAUGGUAUGCUUGGUGGGAAAAACAAGGUUUUUUUAAACCAGAAUACGGAAGAAAAGAUAUAUUUGAUGGAAAUGUGAAAGAAAAAUUUGUAAUGAUAAUACCACCACCUAAUGUAACUGGUUUUUUACAUCUUGGACAUGCUUUGACUAAUGCUGUGGAAGAUGCUAUUACUAGAUGGAAUCGUAUGAAAGGUCGUGUAACACUUUGGAAUCCAGGUUGUGAUCACGCGGGUAUUGCUACUCAAGUGGUUGUAGAGAAAAAGCUCUGGAAAGAAGAGAAGAAAUCUCGUCAUGAUAUUGGUAGAGAAGAAUUUAUCAAGAGAAUAUGGCAAUGGAAGCAUGAAAAGGGUGAUAGAAUUUAUUCACAAUUAAGGAAGAUAGGUGGUUCCUUUGAUUGGAGUCGUGCAUGUUUUACCAUGGAUCCAAAAUUAUGCAAAGCUGUAACAGAGGCUUUUGUGCGCUUGCAUGAUGAAGGCAUUAUUUAUCGUAGCAAUCGCUUAGUUAAUUGGUCAUGCGCUUUAAAGAGUGCAAUAUCAGAUAUUGAAGUUGAUAAAAUGGAAUUAAAUGGUCGGACCCUGUUAUUGAUACCUGGUUAUGAAAAGAAAGUGGAAUUUGGUGUUUUGAUAUUUUUUGCUUAUCAGCUCUUUGAUUUGGAAGACAAAAUAAUUGUAGCAACUACUCGUAUUGAAACUAUGUUAGGAGACACUGCUAUUGCCGUACAUCCAAACGAUAGUAGAUAUGUGCGAUACAUCGGAAAAUAUGUGCAACAUCCGUUUUGUGAUAGACGCAUACCAAUUAUAGCAGAUGAAUUUGUUGACGUAAAUUUUGGCACUGGUGCUGUAAAGAUUACGCCGGCUCAUGAUCCAAAUGAUUAUGAAGUAGGGAAAAGACACAAUUUACCAUUCAUAAAUAUUUUCGAUGAUGAUGGAAAUAUUUCUGGAAACUAUGAAAAAUUUAUGGGAAUGAAAAGAUUUGAAGCCAGAGUGGCUAUUAUUAAAGAGUUGACUGAGAGAAACCUCUUGAUUAGUAUAAAAGAUAAUCCAAUGAUAAUACCCAUAUGCAGCCGAUCAAAAGAUGUCGUUGAACCUCUUAUGAAACCACAAUGGUAUGUCAGGUGUAAUGAAAUGGCUGCUCAUGCUAAGGAAGUGGUAAGUACAGGUGCCCUAAAGAUAAUUCCAGAGCAGUUUAAAAAAACUUGGUAUACUUGGAUGGAUGGUAUUCGAGAUUGGUGUAUUUCGCGUCAGCUUUGGUGGGGUCAUCGCAUUCCUGCUUAUGCAGUUAAAUGUAUCAAUUUUCAUGUGGAUACAAACGAGGCAGAUGAAUAUUGGAUAAGUGCGCACUCUGAAGCUGAAGCUAGAGACAAGGCAGCCAAGAAAUUAGGUGUUAACAUAGAUGAUAUUAUUGUGAAACAAGAUCCUGAUGUAUUAGAUACUUGGUUCUCUUCUGCUCUUUUUCCGUUCUCUAUUUUUGGCUGGCCGGAUGAAACCCCUGAGCUCAAGACAUUCUAUCCAGGUACAUUAUUGGAAACUGGCCAUGAUAUACUUUUCUUUUGGGUAGCUAGGAUGGUUUUUAUGGGUCAAAAACUGUUGGGACAAUUACCUUUCAAAGAAGUAUAUCUACAUGCAAUGGUGAGAGAUGCACAUGGAAGAAAAAUGAGUAAAUCUUUGGGAAAUGUAAUAGAUCCUAUGGAUGUAAUUAAAGGAAUAUCUUUAGAAGAUCUUCAAAAACAACUGCUGGAUUCGAAUUUAGAUCCAAAAGAAUUGGAACGAGCUCGAGAAGGUCAGAGGCGUGAUUAUCCGCAAGGCAUUCCUGAAUGUGGUACAGAUGCUUUGCGAUUCGCUCUCUGUGCUUAUACUACUCAAGGAAGAGAUAUAAAUCUCGAUAUACUCCGUGUACAGGGUUAUAGAUUUUUCUGCAACAAGAUAUGGAAUGCUACCAAAUUUGCACUUAGCUAUCUUAGUCCUGAGUUUAAAGAUGAUGCAAAUGAUAUGAAAUACAAUAAUGCUGCUUGCAUUGACAUGAUUGGUGAUGGCAAGUGGUAUCAGCAAGCUUUGAAUGAAUCCUGUGUACAAGAGGCGCUAGAUAAUUAUUUAGAAAUUUAUUCAUAUCUUGAUGGUUAUACACCCUCGCAACUUGACUCGAAAGUUUGCCAAAUAUUAAAAGAGUUAAAUAUUAAUUUUGCAAAUUAUUUGCAUCUUAAACGUUGGUAUAAUCAUAUGGCAAUUACGGAUGAAGAAAAAACUAGAUUUCGUGUGGAACAAAAUAAAAUAAUACCACAACUUACAUAUACAUGUCAAAAAAAUAAUGAUACGUUUAUGCUGACUGGAUAUGAGACAAAUGUAGAUUUAUGGAUGUUAUCACGACUCAGUUAUGCUGCCAAGACUUGUGAUGAAGCAUUAGCACAAUAUGAUUUUGCAUUAGCUACUUCUACAUGUUACAAUUUAUGGUUAUAUGACUUGUGCGAUAUUUAUUUGGAAUAUCUUAAACCUAUAUUUCAAAGUGAGAAUAAAAUCGAAAAGUUGACGGCACAAAAAGUAUUAUUUAAAACAUUAGAUGUAGGAUUACGUUUAUUGAGUCCAUUUAUGCCAUUUAUAACAGAAGAACUCUACCAACGUUUACCUCAUAAAAUACAAAAAUAUCCAAGCAUAUGCGUAAGCCCAUAUCCAGAUAGUUCCGAGUGCUGUUGGAAAAAUGAGGAGAUUGAGAAAAACAUUGAUUUUGUGCAAAAAAUAAUCAAGAGUAUUAGAUCUACCCGCGCAACUUACAAUUUACCUAAUAAAGUGAAAACUGAAGCAUACGUCGUAUGUAACAAUUCAGUUUUAAAAGCGAUGAUUUUUCAAUACAAAUUACUCAUAGAAACUCUUGCAUAUUCUACUCUUAGCAUGCAACUCCCUGUAGGAGGAUGUGCUAUUAUCACUAUAAGUGAUAAAGUUCAAGUGCAUCUCUUACUUAAGGGUUUAAUUGAUCCAAAGAAAGAAUUAGAAAAACAAAAAAAGGAAGGACAAUUAAUUGAACUUAUACAGAAAUUAAAACAAGAUUUAGCUGUACCCAAUUAUGAUACAAAAGUACCACUCGAUGUUCAAAAGAUUAACAAGGAAAAAUUGAUAAACAGCGAAGGCGAAUUGCAACGAAUAAUUGAUGCAGUAAUGGUCUUACAAACAAUAUAAAAAAUAUAUGCACAUUAUAAAAAAAAUUUAAUGAAAGUUUAUAAAUUAACGUUGCUAAUAAAUUAAAUUCAACACCUUAGCCAGUUGGUCGAUUUAAUUCUUAUCUUGUUUUCAAAAUUUACUGGUGAUCAAACUGCUUAUCUUGUUUAUAAAUUAAAUUAAAAUUUUAUAAAUUCUUUAACUUAAUAGAUAUUUUAAUUUAUUUAUUGAAUUACUUAAGGCUCCUGAGGCUUCACCGCGGCCAUGUUAGAUUAUAACAUCAGGGGCGAGAAAGCACACACUGAAAAUUCUUAGAUGUCAUCUUUAAAUGAGAAGAUAUUUUGAUGAAACAUCACUUUGGAUAGCUUUAGCAUAUUUUUGUGCAACCGGCGCGCCAAAAGUCGCCCUUUACGUACAUGAUUUUAGAAAGGACUCCCUUUCCACGCACCGGUUACACAAAAUAUCGUAGUCAACAUGUGC